AGGCAGGAAAAAAGCGGCAGAGGAUCCCCAGACCUGUCAGCCAGGCUGGCAUGUUUGAAACAACAAGCUUUCAGAUCAAACAUGAUUAGUGUAGGCUGCUAGCAUCGCAUGAGAUCAUUUCUGCGUGUUUUGUGUGUGUGUGUGUGUGUGUGUGCGUGUGUGUGGGAGGGGCCGCUCACUUAGUGGCACCUAAUGCUCGACGCGCAUCAGGCCCACUUCAGCCCCGGCAAUCAUCACACCGCAUGCGGGUGAACGCGUUCAGCUGGACUAUCACAAAAAGGCUAUUUACAUGAAUUUGCUCUGCGUGCAUUCAGCUGCAGAGGAGCCAGCCCUUCAGUGCGCGCGCUCACUCCGAGUCGCACCGUGCGUCCCGCGCGCUUCACUCUCUCUGCAUUCACCGGGAAGGGGGAACAAACGGGGGUGGGUUUAUGUGUACUUUUUUUUAGGAAUCCAUGAGACAACAUAACCCCCGCGGGGUCAGCUCACGUUGCCCGGGUUUUAUGGUUGCGUGGAAACAUAAACGACAACGACAAAAACAACAACAACAAAAAAGAAGAAGGUUUUCGGUCAGUGGAGAGGAGCCGCGCAGUGCAGGAGCCGUUUCCAGAGGCGCGUCCGCGGCUUCCCGCAGCGGAUCGGGCGCAGAGGGUUAGAGGAGCAGCCUUGUUGGCGCGGACCGACCAGCGGGGGAGCCGCUCCAUCCACCCAGAGACGCGCCAUGGAGAGGAGAGCAGAAACGGGAGCAGCGACGUUCGUCAGCACCAGGGGAGGUUGAUGUGGACUUCCACCCCGAACUCCUGCGGUCUUCCCUGGAGCAUGCCCGUAGCCCAUCAUGCACCUGGCUGCAGUCUGGCUGCUGCGUUACUCGGUGGUCAUGUGUUUGCUGUUGCACAGCUUGGUCUUGAUGGCCUUCUGCUUCCAUCAUGCUGCCACCACUUGCUCCAAGAGGUGCUACUGCUCUGAGACGGAGAGUGGAGGCAAGACGAUGCGUUGCAGCAAUCUGCAGCUCACGGAGAUCCCGGAGGACAUCCCCAACGACACGCAACGCGUCUACCUUGACUUCAAUCUUCUAUCCGCAGUUCCAACGAACGCGUUUGCUGGUUUGACCCACUUAAUAGAACUGGACCUGUCGCACAACGAGAUAAGCCAGCUGGAGCCCGGAGCAUUCAGAGGACUCGGCUCCUCCCUGCAGUUCCUGGAUCUGUCUUCAAACAAGUUGGUGAACUUUAACCCUGAUGCCUUUGAGGGCCUUCGAGCUCGCGCCAACCUGACGAACAAUCCGUGGCUUUGCGACUGCAAUCUGCAGAUGGCAUUGCCCCGGGUGGACCUGGAGCCAGCCUCGCUGACGGGUAUAGUGUGCCAGACGUCUGAUCCAGAGGAAAUAGGAGUUCAAGGACUUGCGUUCCUGUUAGAACCGGAUAUAGACCUGUGUGUGGUGAUGAAGAGGACUACAGAUGUAGCUAUGCUGGUUGUUAUGUUUGGCUGGUUCACCAUGGUCAUUUCCUACCUGGUCUACUACGUCCGUGCAAAUCAGGAGGAUGCCCGCAGACACUUGGAGUACCUCAAAUCGUUGCCCAGCAGGCAGGGCAAGUCAGAGGAGUCCUCCACCAUCAGCACUGUGGUGUAAUCACAAACAGAAUCUAAAAUCCUAUAUCACCACAAGCAGGUGUGGCAUGUAUCUAGACAGUAAUUGGGAAUCUCAAGGAUUUCCUUGCUGUUGAAGAGAGGAAAUAAAACAUUUUCGUACACAGAAAGACUGAGAUGGAUGUAAUGUAGUCUGGAUAAAUAAUUCAUCUUUCUGGAGGCCAUUAGAACUUUUUGUUGGCUGAGUUGAUGGCCUUGCCUGUGCACUAAGCAAGUAAAAGCAGUGAACUCCAGAUAUGGGAUACAAAUGGGUUUUAUCCAGUGGUGCAUGUAUCGCAAUGCUCCUCUACAGUGGUCAAGACGCAGUUAGCAAUAUCAAUGGUCUGACAGUGCUAUUAUCACGCUCUGCGUAAUAUGUUUCUCAGCAGAGUCCUAAUAUUAUAGACCCAUCUAAUACAAGUAAAAAUGGCAUUUUCAAGUUAA